AUGCUUCCCCUCCAUCUCAUCGAGGAGAUCCUCCUCCGCCUCCCACCGGACGACCCCGGGUGCCUCUUCCGCGCCUCCGCCGUCAGCAAGCCAUGGCGCAGCAGCGUCACCUGCUCCAGCUUCGGCAGCCGCUACCGCGAGUUCCACGGGACGCCGCCCUUGCUUGGCUUCUUCGAGGUCGAUCGCGCCUUUGGCUGCUGGUUCGCUCCCUCGUCCCCCACCUCCCCCUUGCCCCCGACCCAUCCCGACCCCCGUGAACUCUUCGUCCUCGACUCCCGCCAUGGCCUCGUCCUCUUAAGAACUCCUGGCUGGAGGAAGGAUGAGCCCGCGGUGAGCCUCAUCGUCUGGGACCCCGUCCGCCGCCGCCAGUGGGAGUUUCCACCUCCGGAGUUCGCCGACGACAUCGUCUACGACAACGCCGUGGUGCUUUGCGCCGACGACCACCUCGGCUUCACCGUGGUCUAUGUGGGCACCGAUGGCGGCCCCGGGACCCCCUACGCCUCCGUCUUCUCUUCACAGACUCGUGCCUGGAGCGCUGUUGCCACUAUCCCUGACAAGUAUAUCGAAAUCCUCAGAUGUGGGCCCAAAGCCCUCCUAGGGAAUGUGCUCUACUUCUGCGGCUGUGACAAUCUAGUUCUGCGCUACGACUUGUUCAGCCGCCAACUAUCAAUCAUCGAGGGGCCCAUACGCUCGUGCGAUUAUUAUGUCCUCGUGAAAACGGAGGAAGGCGUGCUUGGAUGGGCAACAAUGGAGGAGGAACCUGAGCUUUGCUUGUGGUCGAUGGAGACUGCUCCUAACGGAGCUGUGGCAUGGACACAGCGCACAGUCAUCAAGGUUGACAACCCCUGUGGCCUGCUUGGCUUUGUGGAUGGACUCUUUUACCUCAACACAUCAAGUUGUAUCUUCACGGUUGAGCUUAAGUCGGGCCGAGUCAACAAGAUAUCCAUCAGCCGUCUCAGUCUCGGUUCCUAUCUGAAACCGACUCUAUUUCCCUACAUGAGCUUCUACACUCCAGAUCAAGCUGGGACCAGAACACUGCCAUCAACCAUGGCCUCCUCCUCCGACGGGCAGGUGGGAAAUGAGCAGGGGAAAGGGGACGAGGGGGACGGAUGGUUGGAAGUGAGCGCCGAGAAGGAGUGUGAUGAUGAUGAGGAGGAACACCAGGAGGAGAAAGCUAUGCAGGAACUGUUUGACAAGUGCCCCAAAGCCUUUAAGGAUGGGGACUUUGUCUUUGCUGUAGACUUCUUCCGGCGCACCCUCAAGAUCAGGGUGGCACGUCAUGGUAAACUUUCUCCAAAGUGUUUCAGCACAUAUGUCAAAUAUGGACGUGCUUUGCUAGGCAAUACUAUACUCAAGACCGAGAGUGCAUCAAAUCAAGAAUCGGUGGAGGGUAUAACCAUGCAAAAUGAUACUAGACACUCACAAGAUUUGGAUCUGGCGUGGAGGAUGUUUCAUGUUACAAGGUCGUCAGAUUUGGAUCUGCCGUGGAGGAUGUUGCAUGUUGCAAGGUCAAUACUUGAAAAGAGUCCUGGUAGCACUAUGGAGAAAGUUGAAAUCCUUGCUACUCUUGCUGAAGUCUCAAUGCAAGGAGAAGACAUAGCCUACUCUCUCAAUGCCUGCUUCAAAGCUUUAGCCAUCUUGGAGCAUUUGAUUGGAGAUGUGAAGGCUAUUUCAUUGUGCAAGUCGCACAUAGUGGGCCUGAAAAGGGCCAAUGAAGAUUUCUUGGCUGAUAAAGGUGAUGAUGCAUCUGCUACUGAAAAUCGCUCGUACACUCUAGCCAAGUGCAUCGAGUAUUUGACUGAAAAAUUAUUGCGUGCACUAGAGAAGAAGAUUCAGCUUGAAGACCUGGAGGAAGCAAUAUCAACGCCAGUCUCAGAGGCAAUUGGUGCGCAGAAUGUUGGAAAUGAUGUGCCAAGAGCUGAAUCUUUGGCUUCUUUGCAAUGUUCCGGACCAAGCAAACCGACCAUAACCAACCUUGAGGUUGCAGGCCGAGGCAUCAAACGAGCUAAUGUCAAGCAGGCCUCUUCUGAGCCUAGUCCCAAGAAGUUCGCAGAGAGCUCUCCAUCUGUACAAGUUGAUAGCAGCAACAGCUCAGAUGGUCAUCUCUCAGCAUCAGACAGUGAUGGCUCUGUAUCAGAGUAG